AAAUGGGAAACAGAGAAAGUGCUAAGUAUUCCCACGAAGAAAGUCAAUGGUUGGCUAUUAGAUGAUAUGCCGGCCCUCAUUACCGAUAUCUUAAUCUCUAUGGACGAUAGAUAUCUUUAUGUAAGUUUGUGGCUCUUCGGAGAAAUAAGACAAUACGAUAUUUCCAACACAUCGUCACCUGUUUUGGUCGGGAAGUGCUCUUUUGGAGGCAUUAUAAGCAAUAAUAGUCAGGUGCGAGAGGUUGGCAGCACCACAAUAGAUGGUGAUCCGCCACGCGUUUGCAUUCAGCAAAAACAUAUCGUCGGCGGUCCACAAAUGCUUCAGUUGAGUCUCGACGGCAAAAGACUUUAUGUCACAAAUUCUUUAUACAGCGUUUGGGACAAACAAUUUUUCCCACUUAUGGUGGCCGAGGGCUCGGUUAUGCUUAUGAUUGAUGUUGACGUUGAAAAGGGAGGCCUAUCUAUAAAUCAGGACUUUUUGGUUGAUUUUGGUAAAGAAGAGUUCGGACCUGUUUUGGCUCAUGAGAUGAGAUACCCGGGCGGGGACUGCACUUCUGACAUAUGGAUCUAGUGAUGCACUUAAUGAAUACAAUAAACAUAUUUACAGACACAGAAAACAUCUAUAAAUAUUAAUAUUAUUAAUAAGCCAACUGUUUGUUCGCAUAAAUCAAUUGUAAUGAAGGUUUUGUGAAUAUACUGUAGUUGUAAUCCUG